UGUGAUCGUUGUCUUUCUGAGUUUAAUUAUGCAUAUGUUUUGUUUGUGAUAUUGUUUUGGUGAUUUACCUUGGCACGGUCAUGGACUUCGACUAUAUACAAAAUAACAAAACCUCUCAUUAAUUAUUAUCCCCUCAGUCCCUCCUUCGCAGCCAUUGCCGCCCAUUCCCCUCAGUUCUAAUAACUACUCAACUAAACCCAUCCUCUCUGUCUAAAUCCUCCUAAAAUUUUACCCAGCCCAGAAUCCCAGAUCGAGCUGAUAUCUUCGUCGGCAAGUGAUCGGAGGUUUCUGUCUCUGUUUUUGUUGGGUAUCGCAAGUGAACUGAAUUUCUGGUCUAGUAGCAAGUUAGAAGAGCAUUUCUGUGGAAAGCACUGAUUUUCCGUCGACUUCUCAGAUUUUCCGUUAAUUCUCUGCUUCCUCAAACGAGAAAAGGCUCAAGCCGAUCUUUGUCGCCAUUGCCGACGACACAUCUGAAAUCCCCAAAGUUGCAGAAGUUGGGAAGGUUGGUUGAAAACAAGGGUUGGAGUGAUCUUUGUUUAAUCAACUGACUCUGUCACUCCUAACUCCUCCGCCGCUGCCGCCGCUGCCGCACCCUUCUCUCAAAAGCUUAGAAAAAAACGGCCAUUUCAGUCAAUGGCUUCCGUUGCAGCAAAUCCCUCCUCCAUUAAACAAUCUGUGUUUCUAUCUCCAUCCUCUUUUCUCAGCUUCCAAACCAGCCCAUUUAAAGGAAGCCAAUCUUUCAUCCAAUUCAAAACCCCAGUUGAUAACAAAACUUCCCUAUCGAUUAGGACGGUGUGGUGUUCGCAAAAAUCCAGCGUGGCCCAUGUCAUCAACAAUGAUGCUCCGAAAAAGCCUACUGGAAAUCCCAUUAUUGUAAUUGAUAAUUAUGAUAGCUUCACUUACAAUCUUUGCCAGUAUUUGGGAGAGCUCGGGUGUAAAAUGGAGGUUUACCGGAAUGAUGAGCUGACGGUGGAGGAAUUAAAGAAGAAAAAUCCAAGGGGGAUUUUGAUAUCUCCAGGACCUGGAGAACCUCAAGAUUCAGGAAUAUCAUUGCAAACAGUAUUGGAACUGGGGCCAAAUGUACCAUUAUUUGGCGUGUGUAUGGGGCUGCAGUGUAUUGGGGAGGCUUUUGGAGGGAAAAUCGUGCGCUCACCUUUUGGAGUGAUGCAUGGAAAAAGUUCUCUUGUGUACCAUAAUGAGGGUGAAGAAGAGGGUUUGUUAGCCGGCUUAUCCAACCCUUUUACUGCUGGUAGAUACCACAGCCUUGUGAUUGACAAGGAAAGUUUUCCUAGUGACAAACUUGAGAUAACUGCUUGGACGGAAGAUGGACUCAUUAUGGCUGCUCGUCACAAAAUAUAUAAGCAUCUCCAGGGAGUGCAGUUCCACCCAGAGAGCAUCAUAACAGAUGAAGGCAAAACAAUAGUUCGUAAUUUCAUCAAGAUGAUUGAGAGAAAGGAAGCUGAAUCUGAGGAAUGAACAGUUAUAAUUAAUCUUGUCAAAGCAUCAUGUUCAGGGAAUUCAUAAAUUCUCAAGACUAGAUAUUGCAAGUUAUUUGUUUGUUUUCUUUUUGGAAUAGAAUUUAAAAAACCUCACUGGGCUCUCCUACUCUUUUAACACUGUGUGGAUAUAGAAUUGCUGCUGCAUACUUUUCUACAAGGCUAAAACGCCUUGUGUAAUAUUGUUAGGAGUUAGGACUGUUUUUUCUGUUUUUUUUUUUUUUUAUGUUGUGUAUAUAGAAAAUGGCAAUUGUUUUUCAA